UAGCUCUCUUGCUUGUACUUUUCUUGAAUCUUCUGAGUCUGAAUUUUCCCACUGGCGUCUUCCUGCGUCUCUCUCUCUCUCUCUCUCUCCCUCUCUCUCUCCUCUUGACAUUCACCAAGUCUCUGUUUCUCGGGUGCUUGAACAGAGCGGACGGUUUCAUCUACUCUGCUUCGUCGUCCGCGAUCUCGCCCAGACGGUGCCUGUCGUCUUCAUCUCUGAUAUUGAACCAGUCUCGGUCUCCGCGACGCGGCCCUUUUUACGCUCCUUUCCCAAGUCAUCGUUUCUUUCAUAUAAAUAGCUCCAAAUUGGUACACGUUUUCGUCGAAUAUUCGUCGUCCCCUGUUUUUCUCCCUUAAAGUUUCUGGACUUUGUGCAAGGACAAAAUCGAGAUGGGAAGCAAAGGAUCAAAGGUGAGGAGGCAAUACAGUGGCAGUGGGGGGUCGACGGGCUCGGAUUGGGGCCAAUACGGGUAUUCCCAAGCGCCGCCGUCGUACGCUCAGCCGAGCUCGUAUUACACGCCUCAGCAUGACUUCGCCCCGUCUCCGGCGCCUUCGUACGGUGGUGGUUAUGGUUCGCAGGCUCCGCAGCCGAUGAAGAAGAGGCUGGACCGGAAGUAUUCGAGGAUUGCCGACAAUUAUCGCUCCUUGGACGAGGUUACUGCUGCCCUCGCCCAAGCUGGCCUCGAGUCCUCUAACCUCAUCGUCGGUAUUGAUUUCACGAAGAGCAAUGAGUGGACAGGUGCUAGGUCGUUUCACCGGCGGAGCUUGCACCAUAUCGGGGAUGGUAGAAACCCCUAUGAACAGGCGAUUUCAAUCAUUGGACAGACACUAUCUGCUUUCGAUGAGGACAACUUGAUCCCCUGUUAUGGAUUCGGAGACGCGUCGACGCACGAUCAAGACGUAUUCAGUUUCUAUCCAGAUGAUAGAUUCUGCAAUGGAUUCGAAGAGCUUCUGACACGGUACAGAGAAAUUGUUCCACAGCUUAAGCUCGCAGGACCCACAUCUUUCGCUCCCAUCAUCGAGAUGGCCAUGACAAUUGUCGAGCAAAGCGGCGGACAGUAUCACGUCUUGCUGAUAAUCGCCGAUGGACAGGUGACGAGAAGUGUCGACACGCAGAAUGGGCAUCUGAGUCUACAAGAACAAAUGACUGUUGAUGCAAUAGUUAGAGCAAGCGAGUUCCCUUUAUCUAUAGUUCUAGUCGGGGUUGGAGAUGGCCCGUGGGAUAUGAUGAGGGAAUUCGACGACAACAUUCCUGCACGUGCCUUUGAUAACUUCCAGUUUGUCAACUUCACUGAGAUCAUGUCGAAAAACGUGGAUUCACGGAGAAAGCAGACGGAGUUUGCCCUGUCGGCCUUGAUGGAGAUACCUUCUCAGUACAAGGCGACUCUUGAGCUGGGCUUAUUAGGGCGCCAAAGACUGGAUGCUUCGGAGAGAAUACCUGUUCCUCCACCUGCUUAUGUUACACCUCCAGUGAGGGUCUCGAAGACGUACCACUCAAGCAGUUUUCAGCCAGACACUACCUAUGGCGGCUAUAUCCCGACCCCGAGCGCCCCUACUUCCAGCUAUCGGAACGACAAUCAGGUUUGUCCAAUUUGUUUCACUAAUCCAAAGGACAUGGCUUUUGGCUGCGGUCACCAGACGUGUUGCGAGUGCGGUGAUGGCCUUGAACUGUGCCCCAUUUGCCGGAGUUCCAUUCACACCAGGAUAAAGCUCUAUUGAUGUGCCUAGCUCCACCAUAUCUCCAAGACUUUCGAUUCCAAGUAUGUGUUGCUAAGGGAAGGGAAGGUAGCAGCCUGACAUCUUUAUUGGGAAAGGACUGCUGAUGCUUUCUUAGUACGAGGUAGAAAUUUUGAACUGUCAAUUCAUCUACUUAGCUUCGUCAAAGGCGUUUUAGAUUUGAUUAUUUUCAAGUUAGUACUUCGGUGAUUGAGAAUGCCGAUGUAGGGAUUAGUCACGCCAGGCGGAUGUAAAUAUGAAGAUGCCGGUUCAUCAUUCUUUCAUUUUUUUUUCCUGCCCUGUUUAACAGCUGCUCAGGUCCAUUUCCAAAUUCCAAACUCUUAUCUCUCUUGGCUCUUUUCUAUUGAGAGAGACUCAAAGUUUGGCUGCAUGUACUUAUGAUGUCCUCCAAGUAAAGUUAUAAUUCAAAGCACUA